UUAAACUCUUACUUAGCACCUACUCUCUCUCAGUCCUCCCUGCUUUUCUUAGUUUUGGACUUGUAAAACUUACUUCAAGUGAAAGAAAUUUUGGUCUAUAAAUCGGACGGUAGUGAUUAAGGGUGAGAAAUCAUGAGCUGCAACGGGUGCAGAGUUCUGCGAAAGGGGUGCAGCGAGACAUGCAUAUUGAGAACAUGUUUGCAGUGGAUAGACUCCCCAGAAGCCCAAGGCAACGCCACCUUGUUCCUCGCUAAGUUUUUUGGCCGCAGCGAUUUAUUGUCCUUCAUCGCCGCCGUUCCUGAAACUCAAAGACCAGCUUUGUUUCAGUCUUUAUUGUUUGAAGCGUGUGGGAGAACAGUCAAUCCGGUGAACGGAGCUGUGGGUUUACUGUCAAGUGGUAACUGGCACUUGUGCCAGGCGGCGGUGGAGACCGUGCUGGCUGGAGGAACUCUGAGACCGAUAUCGGGACAUAAUGGAGUUUUGAGGCCAAACUGUGAUGAAUCUUCUGGAAGUUAUUAUACGGAUGCAUUCAUGGUGAAGAGCUUCCACGCCCAAUCAAGGCCGUUGAUUAUACAUGACGGAAAGGAUAAUAACCGGAUUCCAGACGUUGAUCUGUCUCAGACACCCAGGUUCGGUGGCAGCGGGGUGAAACGAGGCAGAGGAAAGGGUUGGCAGAGAGCACACACGAUGUCGUUUUACUCUGAAGAAUCUGUGAUGACGAGUCUCCAGAGUGAGGUAACAGGGAAACAAGAGAGGAAGCUUUUGAAUCUGUUUGUUUGAAUUAAUAAUAUAACUGAAAUAGAGUUUCUUAUGCUUAAGAAACGACGGCUUUUGUAGAAGUAUAAAGAGGAAAUUAAAUAAGAUAAUAAAUGGAUGCCCACGUAAUUUUGAUUGGCUA